AGCAUUAGCACUAUUUUCUACCAUCGAUUUAAAAUGCAGAACAACUGUUACUUAGACAAAGUGACAUUAAAGCAGAAGUUAAGCAAUACUGAGUGAGGAGGGGUCUCAUACCAAACUGGCUUACCAGAGAAGAUCAAGAUGAGUCUACGGAAGCAAACCCCUAGUGACUUUCUAAAACAAAUCAUUGGAAGGCCAGUUGUCGUAAAAUUAAAUUCUGGAGUUGAUUAUCGAGGUGUCCUGGCUUGCCUGGAUGGGUAUAUGAAUAUAGCUCUGGAACAGACAGAAGAAUAUGUAAAUGGACAAUUAAAGAACAAGUACGGGGACGCGUUUAUCCGAGGAAAUAAUGUAUUGUACAUAAGCACACAGAAGAGGAGGAUGUGAAGAUGCCAGAAGGAGGCUGUUUUGUACUUGUGAACCUCUUCGAAGUGAUGAGCCCUAUUUGAUUUGUAGUUAAUAAUCCACAGGUGAAAUACACAAGUGUUUAAAUAUUUUUUUUAAAUAAAUAUAAACAAGUGUAAACUUCCUGAAUGUUUUUGUUUCAAAGCAUUGCUUUGUUCCACUGUACAGGAAAAAAAAAACUAAUAAAAGAGAAGCAUGUAAUAGUGCUGCAAGACUAA